CUACUUCAUAGUAAGGGCAUGACGCACACAGGACUAGCAUUACAGCAACACCGUGCUGUCACACAUAUCUAGUCACUGUCACAAGACAACAGUCAGACAGCUCCUGAGCUUUGACAGUUGAUAGGCUAACAUGUCGGAGAUGCUAGCAGGCAAUAUUGUAGUGACUGGGACUAACAGAGGUAUUGGUCUGGAGCUGAUCAAACAGCUGGCUCAAAAUACAGCAGAGGGGACUCACAUCUAUGCCUGCUGCAGAGAACCAGGGGGAACCAGCGCUGAGGCCCUGAGAGCACUUCCUACUCAAUAUCCUGGAAAGAUCACUGUAAUUAAACUAGACAUGUCAGAUGAGGACAGUAUCUCUGCUGCUGUCCUUGCUGUGAGCAGGCAGAUUGGGGCUGAUGGGUUGAACCUCCUCAUCAACAACGCUGCUGUCAACAAACCAGCAUUACCAGCUCCUUUAUCUGCCACUGGAAAAGAACACAUGAUGGAGGUGUAUGAAACCAAUGUGGCUGGACCAUUUAUCCUUACAAAGCUGUUUCUUCCUCUCCUCCAAAGAGCAGCAGAGAGGGGCUCAGCUGAAAAUGGUAAUACAAUGUCCUGCAGGAGGUCAGCCAUCAUCAACAUCUCCACCCUCAUCUCAUCCAUAGAGAAAUGUCCAGAGACCUUCCCAGUUGCACAGAUGUACCCUUAUAGGACAAGCAAGGCAGCACUGAAUAUGCUGACUCGCUGUCAAGCUGAGGACUUCAAGAUGCACAACAUACUGGUGACAGCAAUCCAUCCCGGCUGGGUCCGCACCGACAUGGGUGGAGAAGAGGCUCCCUUGACCACCCAGGACAGCGUACUUGGCAUGCUCAAUGUGAUGUCAUCCCUCAGCAACAAAGACAGUGGGAAGCUUCUAGACUGGCAGGGCGACAUAAUCCCCUGGUAGAAGUCACCAAGACAACCACACCCAGCCUACCAGACGAACAAUUUUGUAUAUAAAUAAUGUCAAUAUAUAUAUAUACACAAAAUAUGUGUAUAAUUAAUUAAGACCAUAUACCAGAAUAACUGUUUUUGCAUAGAAAUAUGAUUAACAAAGACAUUAAUACCAAGGAAAUGGUA